ACCCAAACAAGUAGCCAACGCCCUAGCAUAAGGCUGGCCGGAUUCGGGGUUCAGGCUGUGCGGUCAGGCUCUCGAGCUCUCGCACGAAUUUUCUUGCGAGCUUCAAGUGGGGGCGCCGCCGACGCGGCUGAGGGGCCCAACUGCCUUUUGCAGCGCCUUUCGGCCACCGGCUGCAGCCUUGCUUGGCUCCUACCCUUUAGGGUCAAGGGUCGCGGGCAGCGAAGCCCCAGGGGACCGGGCAGCCCCGCGUCCCCGGAAGCGCUGGCUCUCGGGCUCGGGGUGCCGCGUUCCUGGCCGGCGCGCUUGAGCGCUCUGCGGCUCAGGCCUCCCCGUCACUGGCGACCUGCCCCCGCCAGGCCCGCUCCGGUCCCUGGAGACGCGAGCGACACCGGCCGCCGAGGGUACACUCCAAGGCAGCAAUCACCAACUAUGACCUCUUGGGUUCCAAGGCUGCUUCCUAGGAAUGUCCGAUCCUUGGCUGCCUCAUCAGAGAACCAGCGAGUUGAGGAUGGCCGACGGCACCAGGAGGCCUAUGGGUACUUCUUGCCCAUCCAGACAAGGUGGCAGGACAAUGACCAGUACGGCCACGUGAACAAUGCCGUGUACUACAGCUACUUCGACACAAUCAUCAACCACUACCUGAUCAGGUACUGUGGCCUGAAAACGGGCUUGCGCACGUCCCCCACGGUGGGGUUCAUGGUGACCAAUCAGUGCACCUUCCACACACCGGUGGGCUUUCCGCAGAUCCCGGUGGCUGCGCUGGCCGUGGAGAAAGUGGGUCGCUCCAGCGUGCAUUACCGCCUGGCUCUGUUUCCCCCCAAGCCCGCCGGAGAGCUGCCUGCCGUUGAGCACCGGGACUUCAGUGAUGGCUUUUUCUUCGGCCACCCCAGGCUGGCACAGUUCGCCGCUUUGGCCUGUACCACUGGAUCCGCAGUCCACGUCUUUGUGAAUCCAGCCACCGGCAAGCCCACUGGCCUUCCCGAGGACUUCCGCCCCGGCCUCCUGCGCCUGGUGACCCAGCUCCCGAGAAAUCACAGCCAGACACCCUAGAAUUCUUUCAACAUUGUGCAGUGUUCACCCUACCUACUAUGCACCAGGCAUGGCUCCAGUCCUGAGGACAUAGUGGUGACAUGCCCAUCAGUUACCCAAAGCCUACUGAGAGGCAGAAUCUCAAACCAGCAGAGACCAAAUGACAUCAGUGUACAACCUGCUUCUGUGGAAAAGACAACAUCUCAUCUAGGCCAAAGAAACAUCCAGGACAUAGCUCAGCCUGUCACACAGAAGGAGCUCAACAAAUAUUUGUUGAAAGCAUAUACAGUCUUAGCCUCUCCCUUUAAAAAUCUCAAACAUGAGCUAUAGGGAAAGGGAGCUAUGAGGUAGAUAAACCGAACUCUGUAAUCAGAACAUCUGGAUCCUCGUCCUGUGUGAUUUGAGUCAGUUUUCCCAUUAAAUUGGAACAUCUAACUUUACAAGGAACGUUGAGAGGAAUCGUGGAGAGCAUGUGCACUUUUCCCCACUAUGGAUGAUAAUCCCAAUCACGGGUGGAUGGAGAAUUCAACAAAUAGGUAACAGAAGCGUCCAGGGAGCCCAGGGAUCUCCUUCCAGCUGCCAGUGAGGCUGCCCAGCUCUGCUCCAGACAACAACUGCCACGUGGAAUAACGGGCCACGGGUGUCAAGAGAAGCCAGAAGUCUGGGUCUGUAUGUGAAAUCACUCCGAUAUUAAAUGUUAGCCAGUAAUUUACAUUUUUUCUAAGACUGUACAGCACAUCUGUGACUGCUGAGGCCUAUGGGUUCCUACUUUUUAUUUUUGUCUUCAGGGGUCUUAGAGCUGCCACAUUCUUAGAAUCUACAGGCAGAGGGUGGUGACAGAGUUGCCCAGAUGCAGCCACACUCCUCCCUCUACAGCUGUGACUUAGAGGGGACCAGUGCAACAGGACCUAGGCACAGAGAGAUGGCUUCUCACGCUUAGCCCAUCCUAUACUGCACCCUCACUCCAAGUCUCCAACCUCUUUGCCUCUAGCCCAGAUUUACCUUGUAGGUAAACAGUGUGUCCACUGCCCUUCGGGUGGCUCAGGCCAGAGACCCAGAAGUCACCCUGGAUUCUCCCCCCUUCUCCCCCACGCCUACAUUGAGCCAAUAGCAAGCACUGCCAGUUCCACCUCCCACAUGGGCCUGCGUUCACCCUCUCCUGCCGUGCCUGCUUCAGACACUCCCAGCCACCCCCUGCCCCCUGGUCUCCCCAUCCAUGCUUCAUCUCUGCUCUACUGCCAGCUCCACUUUCCUAAUAAGUUUUUGGGAGGCUGACAUUUCAACCAUGUACAUCUAAUCUUCACCUCACAGAGGUCCUUCCUGCUCUGCCCUUGGCCUUCUCUUCACUCCCAUCACCCACUUCUCCUGCCCUGUCCCGUUACUGUCCCAGUACCCGGCAUCCCCCAGAACAGAUUUCAGAAUCGUUUUAAGCUGGUUUCUUUCUUUAAGGAAUGCCUUCCCCUGCUUGUGUGCCUGGUAACCUCUGAGUCAUGCCACAAACUCCGGUCAGGUGACAUCCCAAACCCCCAAAGCCUUCUCUCCAACCUAAAGCCUUAGGGGCUCCUUCUCCUGGAUGUGGUCACUGUGGUUUUGACAUGCCACCAUCACAACAAUUACAAGUAGCGUUUGCUCGCCUCUCUGUCCUCUGCAUAUGAUUAUAAGUACUUUGUGGCCUAGAACAUACGGUUUUAUCUUUGUAGUUGUCAGAUUAUCUAACAAGGUGCCUGGCACACAAUAGCCAUUCAGAUGUUUAGUUGCAUGAAUAAAGAAGUUAAGCUUUUCAUGCAAGGGUCAAAUGCAGACCAGCUCCAUCAGGCUUACUCAGCAUGAGGAAGGGCUUUAAACUGGAAGCCUUAGGACUGCAAACUAGAAUUCCCUACUCCAGUUCCCCUAAACCUUUCCUCCUUUUUCUCCCCGGUGACAAAUGGCUGCCACCCAGGGCCCCAGAAUAAAUCAGCCUCCAAGUGCCUCAAAGCAAUACAAUAGACUGAACUCAUCAAUGGCCCCCAUUGUUAAGGCCCAAACUAAAAGAGAAAGUACUUCUCUGCAAAAUAAAAGGUGACUGUUGGGAAGUAACUUUGAAGUUCAAAGAUCUUUUUAUCAGAACAGGCAGAUGGUGCACCUACACAAUAG